AGGCCGCGCCUGAGGCCCCGCGGCUCAGUUACUGCCCUCGGCCCCGGGGGUGACCCCCAGCGCCCGCCCCGGGCCCGCGGAGAGGAGGCAGAUGGCGGCAAACUGGAGCACUGACACCGGCCCCGCCGUGUACAGGAGCCGGGACCCGCUCAAACACCUGAAAAUCCGAGUGUGGAUUCAACGGAUAACUCCCUCUACAGUCUUCUCUCACAAAGUUGAGCGCACAGCAACUCAGCCUGAACAGAGUAGCACGGAAAUGGCGACAUUCAAGAGCGCAAGUGAAUUUGAAGCUUCAGGUGGUUUCCGGCCCGAUGAUCAGGAGGAGGUUGUGGUGGGCUGGCAGGAGAAACUAUUCAGCCAGUUUGAGAUUGACCUGUUCAGGAGCCAGGCUGCGUGUCAGAGCCCCCUGGACCUGCAGUACCAUAACGAGAUCCUCGGGCUGGAGAGCACCGGGUACAGGAAGAACCAGAGAAUCUUCACCUACACAGACUUCGACCGCUACACUAACACCGAGGAGCACUCUCAAUCCGUGACCACAUCUAGCAGAGAGGAGCCACUGUACCUGGUGGAGAGGAUGGCACAGGUUCGCCGUCGGAGGCAUGAUCGUAGGACCACGGAAGGCAGCAUUCCCAAAUCACGCAUCAUCACCUGGGAGCCCUCCAAGGACUUUAUGAGGAACAGCCAUGUGCUAAACACGCCCAUGCAAACCAUGUACAUUAUGGGAGAUCUGGGACCCUACGGCAAGCUGGGACACCGGGAGCACGAGUACGUCCUGUGCACCAUCAAAGUGGAUAACAACGGGGUGAUCAUUGUGAAGCCGGACUUCAGUGGCAGCAAAGUGCCAUACAGCUUGGAGACUGAGGGAGAGAAGCGGGACCUGUGGCUGUACACCAUCAACGACGUGUCGGUCACAGCCGCACGCGAGGAGCAGGAGAAGGAGCAGAACCUUUACAAAGAUCUUUACAGCAGACACAAAGAAUAUCUCACCACUUUGGUGGGGAUAGAGUUUGAAACUCCUCCACUUGGCAUUCUUCAGCUAAUAAUAAAUGGUGAAAUUGUCUCCGCACAGGACUAUGACUACGACAAUCUAUAUGUGCACUUCUUCCUCGAGCUUCCAACCAAAUGGUGGAACCCUAACAAUCAGCAGCUCUCUGGAGUGACUCAGACUUGCUCUACCAAAGUCGAGGGCCAGGCCAGUGUGGCGUACUUUUCAUACCCAUUCAGCUUUGAAGUGGGCUACAGGAAUGACGAUCAGCCUGAGGAUUGGCUGCCACAUUGGCCGGUGCUGUACUUUGAGGUUCUGUCACUGGAUUUCUGGCAGCGAUACCGUACUGAGGGUUACGGCUACGUCAACAUUCCCAUCAGUCCUGGUUGUCACACGCUGACGUGCCAGACCUGGAGACCGGUGCAGCCCGGGACAUCAGAACUCCGGCGAUUUUUUAUUGGAGGUUCCCCUGAGUUGGAGGACAUGACCUACGUUCGGGUGCCCAGCACCUUCAAGGGAGAACGACUGAGUCGAUUUGGUUUCAGAACACAAACCACAGGAAGUGUUACCUUCAAGUUAAACUGCAUCCAGCAAUCCAGAGACUUUGUAAGUCUGAGCACAAUGAGGGAGCGGCGACAGAAUAUUCUGGAGCGUCUGGGAUCCUCCACACAACAGACCUCUGUCCAGGCUGUGCUGGAGGCCUUCCAGAAAGCUCAGCGCCGAAUGCAGGCAGCACGAGAGAAUCUUCCCAAAGACUUGAUUAGCACAUCUGUUUCCACUGUGUUUUAGUUCCCGUUGCGAGAAGCAGGCAGCGGCAGACAAUCCCACCUCACAGCAAGCGGGGUGCAUGCACUGGGUUUCCUGAAGGCUGGAAGCAUUCCCUGGUCACUCUUGUCUGUGUCCCCUACAAUCUAGCUUUUGUGGGACUCCAUCUUGAGUGAUAAUCAGGCAGGACCCGUUUCUCUGUGCCGGCCACCAGCCUGUUCUGAUAGGGUGAGGCUCGUGCUCGCUCUGUAGUGACCAGGCAGUCAGUCUGGCCCCAGCAAGUAAUUGACAACUGAUUUAACAUCAUGGGCUUGCAGUACUGCGUCAUUCAACAGUCUUAAAAAGCAUAUGGCAAUUGCUGGGUGCAGUCAAGAAACCGCGUGAAGGGUCCAGUGUGUCUUCUGUAAUCUUUCCCAUUUUCUGGCUUAAACCGUUCAGUCUUUCUACAGUUCUUGCCUUGGAACCGGUCACAUUUCUGAACGCUUUUGGCUGCUCACGUCCGAACGUCUGUCCUUUCAAACCAAGAUAAGGGCGAUGGACAGCCCACCUCACAGCUGUCAGUUACUGCAGUGAUCAGCUUCCUCGCUGCUGCUGCUGCUGCUGCUGCGCGUAGUUGCACUGUGACCUGUAUAGCUUUGUCCUGUGUUUUGUAUUGGAGCCACACUUCUGUAAUUUGUAUUUUAAUGUGUAUAAAAUCUGUAUUCGCA